AUGUACCCCAACCAGAAAUGCAACUUCCAAGAUUGCAAUUGUGCCAUCAAUCUUCCAUCCAACUACUUCUUCUGCCCGAAACAUGAACGAGUGAUUUGGUACAACUCGUACAACUCUCGUGUCAAUCACUCGCAUCCUUCUAUGCAACACGGCGCUCCCCCGUCUCCUCCGCCCUCGCCCCCGCAAGUAGCUGUGGACGGCACUAUACCACCUGAAGAUACCACCACUUCAUAUGCGACAGACGGACGUCGUAAUUCUACCCAGAGCAGUGCUUCUGGCCAAACAGCACCCUCUCCUAUCGCCACCACCGUCGCAGCUCCAGCCGAACCAACAGUGGAGUCAAAGGUCGAAGUUGUCAGUUACGUGGCUGAUCAAGAGAAGCAUCAAAUGUGCGAUGAUGACGAUCGUUUACCGACCUUUUGGUCUGGCGUUGGCGUUGGACUUUGUAUCCUGUUGCAGAUCAUCCAUGUCCUUAUGCGGCUGUUGCUAGAACUAGCCCAAGGAGUUGGAAAACGAGGAAUGUGGUGA